AAGGCCACACACCUGCAAUACCAGUGCUUGCCAAAAACCGCUCAGCUGCUUGCUGACAAGUGAUAAGCUUCUCGGUCCAUUAAUCGGUCGACCCGCGUCUGGUGAAGAUGGGGAGGGCGAACUGCUCGGUUCCUCUCCUCCUGGUGUUGCUGGCCUUCCUCUCCUGCUUCUUCCUCGCACACGCGGCGGUGGCCGGGGCCGGCGGCAACCGCAAGAUGUUCCUGCCGAGGGAGGGAGCGGCAGCCGCCGCCGUGUCCGACGAUGGUGGGCAGGCGAUGCCGACGACGGCGGAGGAGGUGGCGGUCGGAGGAGAGAUGCAUCUGCUGCUGAGCGACGACGAGGAGAUGUUGGCCAGGAGGGUGGACCUGCAGACAGAGGACUACCCGGGGUCCGGGGCCAACGGCCGCCAUGAUCCACGAAACCCGCAUUAAGAGUUAUUAUGCCGUGCUGCAUGUACGAUAAGUGCAUGUAAUUAACCGCAUGUUUAGUUACCCCCACAAUCAUGCAUAAUUAAGCAUAUAUAUCAUCACCACGUUGCUAAACAUCAUGAUCUUAAUUUAAUUUGCUAGUGUAUGCAUCUUUGGUUGAUAAUAACAAAUACUCCCUUCUUAAACUAAUAUAUAAGAUCGUUUAAAUAGGGAUCUAAACGAUCCUAUAUUAAUUUAUAGAGGGAGUAGUUGUAGUCCCUAUAGCUUGGGAUUAAGCAUGUUUCAUCUCUGUCAUCAAUCACCUGAUGUAGGCUGAGUCAAUCCAAAUCUGUUGUAAUCUUCAAUAUGUUUGGUUCAAAACAUAACUAUUUUCCAUACUAAGAAAAAACUA